CAUUAUUAUUAUUAUCAUCAUCAUAAUAAUAAUAAUGUUCAAAGUACUGUGGAAUUUUUUUCGACAGUGGUUGCGUAUUGUCGUUGUAGAGAAACAGUCCUUUGAAGUAGAGCCUUAUUGAAAAGGUGCUGUGUCAUUCAUCAUAUUAUCCGACUUAAAGUUAGGCAAUGACGUAGCAGUAUUAUGUCAAAGCAAAUAACAAAGAAACUUGGUUAAGCACCCAGACCGAUGAGGCUAACUUAAGGUAAUCAUCGGGAGCAGAUAUAUCGUUUUAACCUUUAUAUGAGCAGAUACCACUUGGUUCGCAUUAGGGGUAACAACCGUUUAUUUCAACCGUCGAAGUUCGAAGACCAUGAAGAUAUGUUCUUGUUGAUAGUGUACUGAGAUUUCAUUGAAACACAAUCACUUGGUGAAUAUGUUAAAAUAACAUGCUAAUAAAACAACGAUUCGUUAAAGUUACUUUUUUUCCCGAAGACAGGCGAUUCUUUGGAGAAAAAGUCAUAAUGCUUGACAGAUCCUGUUUCCAUGAACAGUCUGACGCAAAGUUCUUCAGAGUGUGGGUCUCAUGUUCAGUAGGUCGCCACACAAUUCCACAUACCCUCUCGUAAGCCGGACAAGGACAAGGUGGCCUAUGACAAGCAGGGACAGCCAUCGCACUGAAUGGCAUCGCAGACUAUUUUUCCUUGAGAGGGAUGACAGCAGGUCCGGGGGAAUGGCACCAGCCUGCCAGAUGACAGCCAGGACAGCAUGCAGACCCCGCACCAUAGGUUCACCACCAGCCUUUAGUAGUUCAGCAGGGAUGCCUUUCAGCUUGCAGAUCGCCUCCCUAAUCCCAGUCAGAUUUGGAGGUUCCCCGCUGACGGAUGGGUCUGGCACGGGUAUUGUGACACCACAUGCGUCCAAGCUAACUACUGGGUCAGUCUGGCAGAACUGCUCAAAAUACUCAGUUCACGAGCCCAAACAUCAUAAGAUGAUACGUCCAUCCGCUGAGCGAGCUGCAGUCGCCUGUACAACUUUCUUAGGCUUUUAGUAGGCAGGAUGAAGGUCAUUUACUAGAAAUAGCCUUCCACCUCCUCAAUUUAGUAUUCUACCUUCACACUUCUCCCGCCCUGACCUUAACAUCUCAGAAUCCCUGCUGAUACAGAUGAAACCCGGGUUCAACCAUACAGCAACAGCAACCACCUUAUUCACUCAAUAGAUCUUCCCUCUCAACCUCCCACUUUCGGUUAGUUUCACCAUAUUAUAUGCUUAUAUUGUAUGAUUAUUUUAUGUUUUCACUUGCAUGUUGUGUCUAUGUAUAUAUUGUUAU